AUGUUCACCCCUAAUGAUCUCGAGACAAAAAUGGGAAUGGGUUGGACUCAAGUUACUGGAUGGUCGUUUUAUUAUCACAUCAAACUGUAUUUAAAAAUAACAUUGUUAUGCAGGCUAAUCUGUAGACUGUUCAAAGUCCCCUGUUUUUCUAGUUUCCCUCGCAGCCGUCUUUGGCACGUCACGCAACGCUCCCAGGAUCAUUGCCCGAGGCUGCAAAAGUUCUUAAGAUCGUCGAGAUCGACCGCCAAGAUGGCCGCCCGUUCGGGUAAGCACUCGAUCCUGACGAUCUUACGAAAAAAUCGGGGAUUGUGGAUAGUCUAGCUAAUCUGAAAACAAGUGUCACUGUGCUACAAGACCACCUUGAUGUAUGCCUUUAAUAACAAGCUUACUUAUUUCUUGCCCAGUAAGAAAUGUACUCAAGUUUACAUUGUUGUCAUUCCUUCACAGACGCAGUGGAUUAAACACGCGAUGUUUAAUACACUCCCGGUGGGAGAAAAACGUUACAAGUGCAGGCAAUGCGGGGAGUGCUUCGGUAGGAUAGAAAACCUCGUGAGGCAUCGCAAAACACACAAAGACGAUAUUCAGCGAUUGCAGUGCAAGAAGUGUGAGAAAUGUUUCACCACAAAGGCUAAUUGCCAGCGACAUGAAGAAACGGUGCACUCUACAGAAAAGCCUUUUCAGUGCAAACAGUGCGGGAAGAGAUUUAAAAGGGCAGAUGUCUUGGCUAAGCAUUUUAAAAUCUCGCACAGUCAGUGCGGCAGGAGUUUUUCCAAUGCCGGAAUUCUUGCCUCGCACAAGCUAUUAAAAAGGGCUCAUAACUUGCUACAGCGUGUUGCAGCGAAAGCUAGACAGUACGAGCAAGUUCAUGCAGAAGAAAAACCUCACAAAUGUGAACAGUGCGGUAGGCAUUUUACUAAUGCGGGCAAUCUUGCGUUGCACAAGCUGAAGACACAUGGCUUGCCUCAGCGAUUCAAAUGCAACAAUUGCGGUAAGGGUUUUAAUAAUACAGCGAAUUUUCGACAGCAUAAGCAAAUUCAUGCAGAAGUAAAACGUCUCAAAUGUCAACAAUGCAGCAGGCGUUUUACUAAUGCCGGCAAUCUUGCCAUGCACUGUACGACUCAUCAAAGGAGUUUUAAGCGUAAGGAUGACCGUAAGGGCUUGAAUGGUGCAGAUAGUCUUAAAGGACAUAAACAAAUUCAUUCCCGAGAAAAACGUCCCAAAUGUGAACAGUGCGGCAGGCGUUUUACUAACGCAGGCAAUCUUGCCGUGCAUUCCAAGACUCAUCUAAAACGUGAACAACCACGUGCUUUAGGCAAUCGCGUCAACCGUAGCAAGACAGACGCCGCGCAAAAGCGAUAUCGGUGCUGGGAAUGCGGCAAAACCUUAACAAAAGGUAACUGGAAAAGGCAUAAGAGGACACACACAGGAGAGAAACCCUACCAAUGCAAAGUCUGUGGAAAAUACUUUGCUGAUUCAGGAAAUUGUACUCGACAUACUCUGAUACAUUCGAGCGAAAAGCCCUAUAAAGGCACAAAGACAAAUAGUGGUGUGUGUAAUGGCGAUGCCGGAAAUCAGAAGAACAACAUGAAUACAGAAGAACAUUCUCGUAAACUGCAAACACGUGAACAGCAUCGAAAGAAGAGUGCAGAAGACAGACACGUGUUGGUUCACACAGGUGAGAAGCCUUUUUCGUGCCGAAAGUGUGGAAAAGGUUUCCCCACGCGAAGUAGUCGUAACCGUCAUGAAAGAGAGGUCUCGCAUGCAAGUAAUAAGGCUCGGACGUCUCUUAAGGCAAAGCCACGUUCGAAAACUGGGGUACUACAGCCGAAAGAAGCAAAUCUGCAACGGAAUGAAAAACAUCUUGGUCUGAAAGGGCAAACGCACGAACAGGAUCGAAAGAAGGGCAAAGAGGACAAACUCAGAUGCAAACCGUGUGGCAAAUGUUCCACCUUGCGGGAAGACUUGAACAGACACAUGUUGGUUCACACACGAGGUGAGAAGACUUUUGCGUGCCAGUACUGUGGAAAAACUUUCCCCACGCGAGGUAAUUGUAACCGUCAUGAAAGAGAGGUCCCUCAUACAAGUAAUAAGGCUCGGACGUCUCUUAAGGCAAAGCCA